AUGGAUUAUAUUAAGAAAUUAGAAGAAUUUAAUCCUGACAUUAGAAAUUCAGUAGUUGCAAUGUAUAUGCCGCAAAUAUAGGACGUCAAUUCAGCUAUUGCUUAGUAAACUUAAAAAACUCCAACUUUGGUUUUUAGAAAAAUAGAUAAGGAAUAAGUUGUUGGAAAAAAUAGUUUUUUUUUUAAGUAACGAGAGGAGGAGAGAAGAUGUAUGAAGACAAAUCCCAAUAAAUUAAAUGAUACUCAUCUAAUUUUAAAGGAGGAAGACAUUUAGUUAGAUUAACUAGAUUUGAAUAUUAAUUUAGUAAUUUAUAUAAAAUAAUUGAUUUUAGAUAAAAUCAACAAUAGAGAAAUAAAGGAUAGUUUGGUCAAUAUUGGAGAGAAAUAAUUUUAAUUAAAUGUUUGCAUUACCUUAAGAGAAGUUGAUAAAUUUUUUAAUUGAAAUGGAGACUUAAUAUAAUAUGAAUAAUAAUCCUUAUCAUAAUUUUGACCAUGGAGUAGCUGUAAUGCAAGCUGUUAAUUGUUUUAUAAAAUCAUUAACACAACAUUUAGAUUAAUAAAUUUUUAAUAAUAUAACAAAGUUUUGUUUAUUAUUAUCAGCUUUAUGUCAUGAUGUUGCUCAUUCAGGUAAAACAAAUGCAUACGAAGCAAAUUCAUUAAGUUAAUUGGCAAUACGAUAUCAUGAUAAAGUGGUAUGAGUUUAUUAUUUUAUUUAUUAGAUAUUAGAAUAGCAUCAUGCAGCAACAACGAUAAAAAUAUUGAGAGAUAAUUAAACAAAUAUUCUAUGUAAUUUUUCAGAUUAGGAUUUCAGAACAUUUAGAAAAUAACUAAUUUAAAAUAUUUUAGCAACAGAUAUGCAGGAACAUUUUAAAAUGUUAAAAGAAUUUGAAUCUAGAAUAGAGUAAUAUGGUAAUGAUCCUGAAGAUUUAUCUUUGUUAUGUGGAAUGAUAACUCAUACAGCUGAUUUUAAUGGAACAGCAAGGAAAUGGCCAUAAAGUAGAUUAUGGAGUGAAAAGAUAAAUUAAGAGUAUCGUGCAUAAUAUGAAGAAGAAGGGAAGAAAGGAUAUCCUUAAUAGCCAUUUAUGAAAGAUUUAGAUAAAGUAUAUAGGAAUAUUUAAUUAUCAUAGUUACAUGUAAUGUCUAAAAAUGAAAUGGGGUUUAUAAAAGUUAUUGUGAGACCAUUGUAUUAUUAAAUGAAUCUAUUUGGUAAAGGCGCAUUUUAAAUUUGUGUUAAUAAUUUAGAUGAAACUAUCUUUGAAUGGGAGAAAGUGUAUUAGCAAGAGUAGAAAUCAUUACAGUAAUAAAGUGGUUAAUGA